AUGAAGUCAGGGAGGACCACACUCUCCAAAGAUCGCUGGCUGCCCUUGCUAGAACUGGUGGUGCUCCUUAUUGAAAGCUCUCUCAGCAAAGACUUCAUUUUCCACCCUGAGUGGGGGUUUGAUUCUUACGAAAUCACUAUCCCCAAGAAGUUGAACUUCCAUUCCCAGUGGCAGGGUAUAGCCCAGCACGAGUCCUAUCUCCUGAAGUUAAAAAGCAAGAAUCAUGUCCUCCACCUGCGGCCUAAGAAGUUUUUGUUGCCCCGGCAUCUGCAGGUUUUCUCCUUCACGGAACAGGGGGAGCUUCUAGAGGAUCACCCUUAUAUACCCAACAUCUGCAACUAUAUGGGUUCCGUGCAAGAGUCUCGGGAAUCUGAAGCCACCGUGAGUACGUGCAUGGGGGGUCUGCGAGGCAUCCUGAAAAUUGAUGAGGAACUCUACCAAAUCGAGCCCCUCAAGGACUCUCCCAAGUUUGAGCAUGCUGUGUAUGUCCUGAAUAAGGAACAUUUGAACAACUGGACUUGUGCCUUCACUAAUAAUGAGAAAGAAGUGCAAAUGACCCCACCUGAGCACAUGACAAGAAUAAGGGACUUUCCUGGAUCCUAUGAGCACCCGAAAUAUAUGGAAUUAGCCUUGUUAUUUGAUCAUGACAGAUAUUUGUUUGUGAAUUCCAAUCUAACACAAGCAGUAAGUGAUGCCUUUCUUCUUACUGGAAUUAUGGACACCUAUUUUCAGGAAAUCAAUAUGAGGAUACACCUAAAAGCUCUGGAAAUAUGGACAGAUAAAGACAAAAUAAAUAUUGAAGUGAAGAAGUUAACUGAUGUUCUAAGCCAAUUUUUAUUAUACAGAAAAAAGAGCCUAAAUGCACGUAUUCUAUCAGAUUGGUCACAUUUAUAUGUUAAUAGGCAGUUUCCUGAUGCUCAUGGAUGGGCUUUUGCUGGAUUAAUGUGUAGUAAAAUGCAUGGAGGAUCUACAAGUGUUUUUCCAAAUGCAGAUAUCCUGGGACCUGGCAUUUGGUCUACUCAUGAACUUGGCCAUGGUUUGGGAAUGAAACAUGAUAAAGAAUACUGCCAGUGUAAAGGUAAACACAGUUGUAUCAUGGGCACUGGACAUACUGGAUGGAGUAAUUGUAGUUUUAUCUAUUAUUUUCAGUUUUUACAUUCGAGAGCAACCUGUCUAAGUAACCUUCCAAACAUAGGUUUUUCAUGGGAGAAAUGUGGAAACAAAAUUGUGGAAGCACAAGAGGAAUGUGACUGUGGUUCAGAUAAAGAUUGUCUAAAAGACAAAUGUUGUCAACCAGACUGUAAACUGGUACCUGGUGCACAGUGCAGUACUGGUCUCUGCUGUCAUAACUGUCAAUUCCGCCCUCCUGGAUAUAUAUGUAGACUGAAAAAAAAUGAAUGUGACCUUGAAGAGUACUGCAAUGGGACCUCGGGUUUCUGCCCAGAUGACUUUUAUAAGCAAGAUGGAACCCCUUGCAGAUACGAAUCCCAUUGUUUCAGAAAAAGGUGUCAGUCCAGGUUUAUGCAAUGCCAAAGAAUUUUUGGACCAGAUGCUAGAAAUGCUCCUCUUCGGUGCUAUGAAGCUGUGAAUUCAAUAGGUGAUCAGUAUGGUAACUGUGGUGUUGUUAAAGGAAGUUAUUCUUAUGAAAAGUGUAGCAAAGAAAGUAUACUAUGUGGCAGAUUGCAAUGUAUACAUGUCAAAAGUCUUCCUAAUAUGCUAGAUCAUACUACAAUAAUUAGCACUCACCUGAAAGAAGAAAACUUCAUGUGUUGGGGCACAGGUUACCACGUUGGCAUGACAACUCUGGGGAUACCUGACCUGGGUGCAAUAAAUGAUGGCACCUCCUGUGGCCUGAACCGGAUAUGUGUUAAUAGAAAUUGUGUUAAUAUCUCAGUUUUUCAGUAUGACUGUUUCCCUGAGAAGUGCAAUAAGCGAGGUAUUUGCAACAAUAAAAAAAACUGCCACUGCAUGUAUGGGUGGGCCCCUCCAUUCUGUGAGGAGGAAGGGUAUGGAGGAAGCAUUGACAGUGGACCUCCAAGGUCAUUAAUUACAGAGUCGUCCUCCACAGUUCAGGUCAUGCCCAUUAUGUUAUUACGCCUUCUUUUCUUAAUCAUCUCAAUCAUUAUUGUGCUUCUAAGGAAAGCUAUGUGAAACUGUCUAAAAUCCAAACAG